UGCUGAUGCCUUGUCUUCCUCCUCUGGGGUAGAUCGGGCACGGCGACUGCGUGCUCCGUUGAGGGACGGUGCUGGAGAUCGGUCGUCCGCGGUGAAGGUCGCCAUGGCGGAUGAUGACGAUGUCAAUCCGAUCACCGGCAACGAUGACCUUCACGCGGCAGGGCUUGUCCCAGAUGACGAAGACGACAUCCAGGCUGACGCUGCUGCUUUGCUCGGUAUCGAUCUAACCUCUGCUCCUGUCGAUCUAAGUUCUAAUCCGACCAACGCUGGUGGAGGGCCUGCUACGGCCACCGAUACUCCGGUCGGCUCCACCAGCACCGAUGGUGGUACUGGUACCUCAUCUGUUGGUAAGCGUAAAUCUACUGUCUGGGUUGAUUUUGAUGAGGUAUUUGAGAAAGUGAAUGGGCCUGGGAGGAUUAUAUUGCCCGUGCUCAUAACCCCAGGUUUACCAAAGUGUCUAGACAGACCACCACUAGAGACCUUCUGAAGCUUUUCACUGAACGACGUAAUGUGCUUAUCAAUUCUGUGUUGCCUGCUACUUCUUCGGUUGCAUUAACCUCAGAUAUUUGGUCUGGUAAUGCUAAGGAGGACUACAUUAGUGUUGUCUGUCAUUAUGUUAAUGUUGAUUG